AUGUCGAGUAACGUGUUAAAUCCUAUACAUGGGCAAGAUCAUAGCUCAUAUUUCGGAGCAGAGAUCGUUAACAGAGUUUCGUUUUUAAGAGAGGAUGGUGACUUUAUUAGUAAUAGUGUUGCUCAUGAUUCAACUAGAUUCAUUUUCUUCGACAAGACCAAUCCACUUAUAAACAAAGAUGGUGGUGAGAAAUUGAUUAUGUUGACGAAUGGAGAUAAUCAAUUGGGAGCAAAAGAAUCCGUGAAAAAGGGCAUAUUAUCACUUGAAUCGUGGCAAAAUACAGUCGAGGAGUGGAGCAGUGGUAACAAGGAUCAAGAUCCAGAGUUACGUGAUAAUAACAAGCCAACAUUCUUAUUUUUGGGGUUAGAAGAUGAAAGUGUUGGUUUGAAUUUACUGAGCUUAAAAUCAGUGGAAGACCCGGAUAACGGAGCUGAAGAAAAAUUCUUGGACUUCCAGGGAAGGUACCAGGGUAUUCCAUACUACGCGGUGGAUUUAUCACAAUCUCCUGAGUUACAAAGUACGAUUAUCAAUCAUGUGUCUGAAGCCAAUGGCAUUGACAAGGCGAACUUAAUUUUCAGUCACUCUAGAAAACAUUAUCUUGGGUUCUCUCCAAAAGAAGCUGCAUUGUAUUCUCACGGAAAGAUGUUUUUGGACUGGUUAUCCAGAAACAGGUUUUGUCCUGGGUGUGGUUCUAAAGUCAUCCCUAUUCAUGCUGGUGGUAAGUUGAAAUGUACCAACGAAAAGACCGAGGGAAAGAAUGAAAACGAUGAAAUCCAGUAUACGUGUCCCGUUAGAAAUGCCACUGUUUCUAAUGUCUCGUUUCCAAGAACAGAUGCAGUAGUUAUUACUGCAAUCACCAACACAGACAGAUCUAAAGUGUUGCUAUCGCUAGCUAAGCGAUACGCCCACACGAAGCUUUAUGCAUGUACUGCUGGGUUUAUGGAACCUUCUGAAACUGUUGAAGUUGCUACAAAGAGAGAAAUUUGGGAAGAAACUGGUGUUGUUUGUUCGGACAUAAAUAUUGUCCUGACUCAACCGUGGCCUUUCCCUGGUAACUUGAUGAUUGGAUGUCUUGCUGUGGUCGAAUUCAAUGGCGUUAAUGAAGUUAUUCAUUUGGGCCAUGAUAGAGAAUUGGCAGAUGCAAGAUGGUUCGACGUUGAAUUUAUUAAGACAUUGAUCUACGGGACUAACGAUCAUGCAUCUAAUCCAGAAGGCUUAUUACUCCCAAGUAAGGAGUCAAUCGCUUUUCUGUUAAUCAAAAUGGUUAUAGAUCAAGCUUCGGAUUCAUCAGAACCAUCGAACAAGUUAUAG